AUGACAAGCACAGAUGAUGCUUAUCAAUCUUCAAUGGAUGGCUCGAUCUCAGACAUAUUUCGUAAACGUAGUUCAAGUAGAAAUCGAAAAGCAACUUUAACAAGCACAGAAAAUACUACGAAACGAACACUUCUAACUAAACGUACAGACAAGCAGUGUAAAACGGUACAACAGCGCGUUGUUACACGUUCGUCACAAAAAUCUUCUGCAAUCUCUACGCUUGAUGACACUGAUAAUUCAUUCAUGUCAAAUAUUAAUACUGGCUUCUCUCAAUUCGUUAAUCCGAAAAAACGACAACGUGAUGAUAAAAAAAUGAAAACUAUGAAAAGAUCCAAAAUUACUACAUAUGCUGAUGAAAAUCAAUCGCCGAAUGAUGAAAUUCACGAUAUAGAACAAGUAAAACUUAUUUAUGAAACUUCAGAUGGUCGUACGAAUCUUGCUCGAGCUGCAGCAACAAAUGCACAAAUUGUAGCUAAUAGAAAUAUAUUAAACAUCCGUCAACCAAUAGUAACAAAUACAACUUAUAAUUUAAAUGAUCAUAAUCACAUUAUCGAUGAUACUCUAACAGAUACUUUGAUUAUUCCAGAUACAAUCGUUGAUAACGAUACACAACAUAAUGAUAGUUCUUGGCAAAGAGAAAUCGAUCGACUGAUGAGAAAACUCGAAGAACCAUCAUCUACUGCUAGAUCACGAACACAAAUAAUAGAAACCCAAACAGAAGAAGAGAUUCUUGAGCCAAUUUAUCUAUCUCAAACAAGAAAAACUCAACUACGACCAAUUCAAACAAUAAAAAACAUUACUCAAUCAGAAAUUAAUCAACAAAAACAAAUUCAAACAACGACAAUCACUGAAACAGGUGAAAUUGGAAUACAAACUGAAAAUAAUCUAAAUUCAUCAUCUAUUCACGAAUGUUGUCAAGAUGUUUCUAUGUGUCCUUGUGUACUUCGAUACAGUAAAUUAGAACGUCUAUUUAUGGAAAAAAUGUCUCGAUUUAUCAGCAUUGUUCCAACUCUACCGAAUUCAGAUCAACAAGUUAUAAUACCAGAAACUCGUCCAAAGCGUCGAAUCGUGCAAAGUUAUUCUCGAUUCCGAAGAUUCCGUGCUCGUCGAAAAGCUCAUGAUCGUAUGAUUAUACCAUCUAUAUCUAAUAGCGAAUCAACAAUUAUCGAAGAAAUUUCAGAUGAAGUAACAACAGAAUCAGAUAAUCAACCCAAAGACAACGUUAAAAUUACACAAGAAAUGAAUCAAUCUAUUCCUUCCACUGCUACUGUUUAUCCCAGAGAAAAUAUAGUUUCAACGACAAUAACAAUAGAAAAAAAUCCUCAGUCGAUUGAUGAUUUAUCUUCAAUUGAAAAACUCGAUGCAACUGAAAUAGUUGAUCAUACAUCAACUCUUUUAAUCUCAUCAACUGCUAAUACAUGUUCAACUGCUCGUCGCUUAGUUUUAACAACAUCAUCACUCGACGAAAAUCAAAAAUCUCGAUUUCGUUUAUUUAUCACUCGUUUUUGUAUACCAACAAGUUCAACAGUUGAUUCAACAACAACUCAUGUUAUUGUUAAUGACAAUUCUUCUCUUAUUUGUCCAUUAACUGGAAAAAUUAUUCAAGGAAUAGGUCGCCAUUUAUUUAUUGUUUCACAUCGUUGGUUAAAUGAAUGUUUAUCACAAGAAUCAAUUGUUGAUGAACGUCCAUAUGAGAUUCGUGGUGAUACAAGUCUAGGAUCUGAUCAUGGUGGAAUGCGUCGAUCACGUUUAACACCUUCCUAUUUACUUGAUAAAUAUUCCAUAUGUUUACGAUGUUCAUCAAGUGAUUGUGCACCAUUGCAAACACUUGAACAAGUUCAAGAAUUAGUUGAAUUAUGUGGAGCAAAAUUAGUUCAAAAUUUUAGUGAAAUAAAAAUAAUCGACAAAGAAAGACAAAUGGUUCUUGUUCUUGGUAUUAAUGGAUUUUCUGGUGGAGAAAAAAAACGCAAAGCACUUUUAGAUACAUGUCAACAAUUUAAUGUUAGAUGUGUGAACAUUCAUUGGUUACUCAUUUCAAUUGCUAAAUUUGACAUACAACCAUUUGAAAAUUAUGAUAUUAAUCCACUUUAA